UCCCGUGGCGCUCCGCGGCGCGGGAGAUUUGCAGGAAUGGCGGGCGUUUGGUCAUCUAGUUGUUGCAAAGGAUGUUCUUCUACUAGCUGUGCGUGUGGCGGUGACAAGGGCAAGUGGGGCGACUCCUCUCUGUUGGGCAGGCGGCUCUCGGAAGACUCGAGCCGUCACCAACUGCUGCGGAAGUGGGCAAACAUGUGGAACUCCGUGAGCGGGGACGCGUCGGUGCCCUGUGUAGAGGGGACGCGGCGCGAGGAGGCUGCAGACCCCGCCGAGGAGGAGGACAGGCCGCUGGUGUUUCUGUGCUCCGGCUGCAGGCGGCCGCUGGGCGACUCGCUGAGCUGGGUGACGAGCCAGGAGGACACCAACUGCAUCUUGCUGCGCUGUGUUUCCUGUAAUGUUUCUGUGGAUAAAGAACAGAUACUAUCCAAACGUAAAAAUGAAAAUGGUUGCAUUCUGGAGGCUCUAUCCUGCACAGGAUGCUCACUCAGGCUUGGCUACAUAUACAGGUGCACACCCAAGAAUCUAGAUUACAAGAGAGACUUGUUUUGCCUCAGUGUUGAAGCCAUUGAAAGUUAUAUUUUAGGGUCCUCGGAAAAGCAAAUAGUGUCAGAAGAUAAAGAACUUUUUAAUCUUGAAAGCAGAGUUGAAAUAGAAAAGUCUCUAAAGCAGAUGGAAGAUGUUUUGAAAGCAUUACAAACGAAGCUGUGGGAGGUUGAAUCAAAAUUGUCCUUUCCCAGUUGCAAAAGCUGAAAUCUCUUCCAAGUGUCCCGCUCUGGACUCCCUGCUGAUGGACACUUCUUUCAUAUGUAGCAAUUCUGGUUAUCAUUUGAUUUCACCUAGAAUGGAAGGAAUUCUCAAUGCCCGUAUGUAUAUGUGGUAUUCUCUUGUAUUGAUCAAGUGAGAAGAAUUGUAGAAUUACUUCUAUGAUAUAGUCAGUGGUAAAGAAAUGGUUGUUUCCUGAAGUUGAAUUUCAAAGCCAUUUUAUGAUACUUGCUGAAAUUGGAAUUUAGUAGUUUUUGCUUUGAUAAGAAACUGCCAUGAUUUUCUGAACUGUUAUCUCUGUAUCGAAUUCAUUAUUCCAUUUCCUUUAAAAAAAUUCAUUCACCUUUAAUACUUUGGGAAAUACUUCAUACUGAAUGGCAUGAAAAUCUUAGAGGUUUUUCCACCCACUGUGUGAUUGAAUCUCUCUGAAAACAGAAGCAUAAAGCUCUCUGAAGAAACUGGUCCGUUGAAUUACUUGUCAGAACUGUUUGAAAACUUGCAUAGGAGCAGAAUAGCAUGUAUUCUGGUGGUAGUAGAAUUCCACUUGAUCUGUUUGUUUACUACUCUGUGCCCCCCAAAGUCUGGAGUAAUAUUUGCCAAAGAGACUAGUAGUCAUCUCUGCAGGUGGGAUUCUGGGGAAUUUUCAGUCUUCUAUAAUGUGAGGCUUAUAGUAAGCAUGUGCUAUUUUUUAAAAUCGGGGGAGAAUAAAGAUUAAGACAAAGUAUUUUAAGAUUGAUUUUUACAAAACUGAGUUGUGGUAUUUAACUGAACUCAGAAAUCCUGAUGCCAUGACUUCCACACACUUAACCUGCUGUGGAAAGCCUGCUCAGGCGCAUAAAUGUAACCCCAGAUUUCUCCAGGCACCUUUCUGUUUUUGGGUACGGAUGAGGCUAUAUAACAUUAGUACUCAGUAUGUAUGAGUAACUCAACUCAGUUUCUGCUCAGAAGUUCCCUAAUUAUUUCUGAGAAUACUUAAAGGUAUCCUAAAAGAAGGUCCUCAGUCAAACCAACUGACUCAUUGACAGUUAGUGAGUUAUUUUUCUUUUUUUUUUUUUUAAAGAUUUAUUUAUUUAUUUGAGAGAGAGAAUGAGAUAGAGAGAGAGAACAUGAGAGAGGGGAGGGUCAGAGGGAGAA